AGUCGCCAAGGGACAAUAUACCUUUUUAAGCCCCUGGUGGGAUAAUAUCUCGGACGAAGCCAAGGAUUUGAUAGAACAUCUGUUGGAUGUAGAUGCAGAUAAACGAUAUACUAUUUUAGAAUUCCUUGAUCAUCCAUGGAUGCAAAAUAAGAGAGAGAGGGGGGGAUUCCCUUUUUGCCCUUUUUCUUUACCGUUUGGGCUGGCUUUUUUUUUUAGAAAAUGGAUCACAUUGAUAAAGAGGGCAUCCGUUCAAAAACUUCCGCCGUAGUGGAUUUGACAACCAUUCCCAUGUUUACUGCUCAAGAAGAAGAAGAACACAACGCAGCUGCCAUAGUGGGGGACGGCGCCGAGAGUAAAAAACACAGGGAAGAGCAAGAAACAGAAGCAGAAGCUUACAAACGAAUGAUUCAAGAACGCAUUCGAGAUGAAGAGGAAUUAGAGGCUGCUGUUCCGACAAUGGUACCCACUGAACAAGGCGGUAGAUCAGCCGCUUCUGUCAUUAACUCUCGUGCUAAUUCACGUGCCAAUUCUCGUGCACCCUCCAUUCAUGCAUCGACAACGACCACAACAGCAACUGCCACGGUCGCUUCAGGAACCACCACGCCGCGAAGAGACUUGUUUUCAGGUGUGACCUCCAUGAAGGAAAUGUUUGAUAUUUCUUAUGCUGUGCAUCGUGUCGCUGAAGAAAAGAAGAGAAGAAAGCAGUUACAACAACAGCAACAACAGCAGCAACAGGCUGGAAAUAAUGACACUAGAGAGAACCGUCGCUCCUUGUUCAUGAGCGCCAUUAACGGAGACUUGGAUGAGGUCACAGAUGAUGAAGCGGAUAUGAUCACCGAUGAAACCACCUCCUCCUCGUCUUCUUCGUCUUCUUUGAAUAAAGAUGACAUGGAAGCCCACACCAAAACAGACGUGGACGAGAAACUAGCCAAUUCCGUCAACGAAAAGCUAAAUAUUGUCACUAUCGAGCACAAAGCUCCCUCUAUGAAGAAGCCUCUAUCAGCAACAACACCAGCAGAUACUUUGCCUUCAAAGCGUAAGCUACAUGGACAUCGAUCCAAUAAACACGGUGCUAAAGUAUUCGAGUUGAACAUGGAUAAUGCUACACUACUGGGCAGGCGAAAGAUACCCAGUGCCACGCAACCCAUCGAUGAGCUCUAAUGACUUUUUUUGUGUUUCUUGAUGCCAAUCCAUGCAAGAUGUCAAGUAAAAAGGGCUGGUUCCUUAGUGAAAAAAGAAUAAAAGAUAAUCACAAAACCUUUCUCAUACCACGCCAAUCGCCAGCAUAUCCCUCAGUGUUUUUUUAGUCGACUCUUACUAUUUUGUGUAUAUAUACAUAUAUAACAAUUCUUUUUUUUUUUUUUUUUCUCUCUUAAUACAACAUUUUGUUGACUGUCUCAUUAAUCUACUUAUU